AUGACAAUUACAGGCAAUUUGCUUCCAAGCUCUGAGAAAUCAGAACCGACAUCUGCUUCUUCACAUUCUUCUUCGAGUGACACGUUAAAAGAUGUUGAUAUUCCUCACAAUGGGGCUGAUUCAUCAACGUAUAGUAAAUUUUUGGCUUUGUAUUGCAGAAGUGACAAAAAUGAUACUUUCAAGUCUUUGGAAGAAAAACAGAAUUGUAAAUUUGGAGAGCAAUGGCCCACUUUUGUCGACACCAUAGCUGGAUUGGAUUGUUACGGCUCUGAAAUAAGUGGUAGAGUUACGGAAAGAAUCUUGCCAGCCCCACUAGCUGACAAGUUUACUAAUAAUUUGGGAAUGGCAGUCAAGAUUUCUGAAUAUACACGUGAUGACGAAUGUCAAAUUCGCGGUUGUGUUACUACGAUUGAGAAUGAAAACACUUUCAAUAACUGGUUUAUAUACCAUAUUUUAGAUCAAUCUCGGUUAUCUUUGAGUGAGCAUCUAAUCGUAGACAAGGAAGUUAAAUACCACGAACUAUUUGCUGAUUUCUUUGAGAAAAAUUUGAAAAACACGAUUGUGAAUGACCAGUGGGACUUUGGUGGCCGUGAUUACUUUAUUGAACGUGCAAGAUACUUUACUGACCGAUAUUUGAGAAUUGAAUGUAUCUUGCCAGCUUUUCCCUGCAAGUCAUCCAACGAGCAAAAAGUGUAUGGUUCUGUCCCUGAUAAAGGCGAGGAGCUUGCUUUGAAAAGAUUAAUCAAGGCUACACAAGAUCUAGUUGAGGUAUACCCGCCAGGUAUGAAGAUUUGGAUCGUUAGCGAUGGUCACGUUUUUUCUGAUUGUAUUGGGGUUGACGAUGACGUCGUCAGUGAAUAUACCACCAAAUUACAUGAAUUAUAUGGGAGAGUUGCUAUUCCUGGGGUGGAUGCUAUUGGAUUUUGUGGGUUGAAUGAAUUGUUCUUUAGUGGUGCAGCUAGUGAAAUUUUCAAUCCAAAUUGGGUUUCUGACACUGAAGUUGCGCACUACACGGGAACUCAAAUCUGCCCCAAAUCCGAUUUAUCAAGACAAAUUUUGAUGAAAGGCUGCGACACAGACGCUGGUCGUUUGAGAAAGCAGAUCGCCAUAGAUGGACAUCCAAGGUUGCAUCUGUAUAGGGGCUUUUCACGUUUUAUGAUGGAGGAUUUGUCUUUAUUGGAACAUUUCCAAAGUUUUUCGAAAAAGAAAUUCAAGAAAGUCAUUUCAAUGAUUGCAUUCAACAUGAUCAAGAGAAAUGACGCUUAUUCGAAUCUGGUAGAGUUGAUAUUUCCACACCAUUUAAGAAUUUCCAUUCAUGCGCACACCAACAGCGGACCCAAAUUUGGUAUCAAAGUGAUCUCAAGUGAACAAUGUUCUAUUGUCAGUUCAUUGGAAGACCUUGACGAACCAAAAUUUGAAGAUUUCUUACACAUUCCAACACCUUGGCACAAUUGUGUCGUCAAGGUGGAAGAUGACAAGGAGAAAUAUUUUUUGACGAAAUCAAAAGUCAUCAAGGAUGCUAUUGAAAAGGGAAGUUAUGAUGGUGAAUGGAAGGAUACUCGUUUUGACAUUGGAGAAGGGGGACAUUUCGUCAUCAGAAAAACUUCCUAA